UUUAAAAUUCUGAAUAGGCAGAUCCGAACUAGUUGAAUUAAUUAGUUUAUCAUCCAGAAAUGCCUAUGAUCACUACUACAUGAACACCCUUCAAAAGAGCUCUUGGUGCAACUAAAGCUCCUCCUCAGCCAUUGUGUGCAACAAGAGCAAGAGAAAAUUUGAUCUUGUCAUGAGGUCAACCAGGCAACCGGCUGAUCACCACCUUCUCCUCCUCCUCGUCGUCGUCUUCCUCCUCGCCGUCGAGACGUCGGCCGCCCGCGCCGUGGGUGUGACCGACAAGCUAGAGAAGGGCCAGAACCUCACCGACGGCCAGACGCUCGUCUCUUCCGGCGGCGGCUCCACUCUGGGGUUCUUCUCUCCCGGGACGUCCACCAAGAGGUACCUCGGCAUAUGGUUCACCGUGUCCAGCGACACCGUCUACUGGGUGGCCAACCGUGACCGCCCCAUCGACGACAAGUCCGGCGUACUGCUGCUCAACGUCGUCAACGACGACCGGAGCCAGCUCGUUCUGGUCGACGGCUUCCGCCGGACGGUUUGUUCCGCCAGCUUCUAGGCCGCUUCCGCCGCGGUUGUUCAGCUUCAGGACUCCGGCAACCUCGUCGUGCGCAAUGGCAGAAGCAGCGACGCCUACCUGUGGCAGUCGUUCGACCACCCGUCGGACACGUUGCUGCCCGGGAUGAAGAUGGGCAAGAGCCUGUGGAGCGGCGAGGAGUGGUCCAUCACGGCGUGGCGCUCCGCCGCCGACCCGUCGCCGGGCGACUACCGCCGCGUGCUGAGCACGCGGGGCUUCCCGGAGCUCGUCCUGUGGCGAGGCGGCGCCGAGAUAUACCGCAUGGGCCCGUGGAACGGCAGGUUCUUCAACGGCGUGCCGGAGGCGUCGAACUACUCCGACAAGUACCCGCUGCAGGUGACGUCCAGCACGAGGGAGGUGUCCUACGGGUACACCGCCAUGCCCGGCGCGGCAUUGACGCGCGUCGUGGUGAACUACACCGGCGUGGUCGAACGCCUGGUGUGGGACGCGAGCAGCCGGGCAUGGCGGUCGUUCUUCCAGGGGCCGAGGGACCCCUGCGACCCCUACGCGAGGUGCGGGGCGUUCGGCCUGUGCGACGCCGGCGCGGCGUCGUCGUCGUUCUGCUUCUGCGCGCCGGGGUUCAGCGCCGCGUCGCGGUCGGAGUGGGCCCUGAGGAACACCUCCGGCGGGUGCCGCCGGAACGUGCCGCUGGACUGCGUCGCCGGUGGGGGGGCGACGACGGACAAGUUCGCGGUGCGGGGGGUCAAGCUGCCGGACACGCGCAACGCGUCGGUGGACAUGGGCGCCACGGCGGAGGAGUGCGCGCGGAGGUGCCUGGGCAACUGUUCGUGCGUGGCGUACGCCGCCGCGGACAUCAACGGCGGCGGCUGCGUCAUUUGGACGGACACCAUUGUUGAUCUUCGCUACGUUGACCGUGGGCAGGAUCUGCACUUAAGAUUGGCGAAGGCAGAAUUUGCUGAGACCAAAAGGUCUGUGACUGUACAUGUUAUCGUACCUGUAAUUGCUGGCGCUGCUUUCCUUGUGUUCCUCUGUGUGGUAAUUUGGACCAUCUGGUGGAGAAAGAAUCGGAGAAUUUCAGACAUUAUUCCAGAGAACCCUUAUAUGACCGUUCGUUCAUUCAAUCUAGCCACUAUAAAGUCUAUUACUGAAAAUUUCUCUGAAAAUAGAGUGAUUGGUGAAGGUGGAUUUAGCAAAGUUUAUAAGGGACUGCAAUCUGAUGGGAGAGUGGUCGCCGUGAAGAGGCUGAAACAGUCUGCUCUCAACAACAAGGGCAAGAAGGAUUUCGCAAGAGAAGUGGCAGUGAUGGCCGGGCUUCGGCAUAACAGUCUUCUUCGUCUCCUUGCUUACUGCAACGAAGGCAAUGAGCGUAUACUCAUAUACGCCUUCAUGAAGAACGAGAGCUUGGACAUCCACAUUUUUGGUACUCAUCACCAUAUUCUAUCUGAUGAAUUCAUCUAAACUACAUCACUGA